AAACCACCACAAAAACAACCCUCCCGAUUCCCAAAACCAACCAAUAAUUUCUCCCCUCUCUCUCUCUCUCUCAGCCUCAAAAAUGGAUUCAACACACAUUAGUAGAUGACUGAGAGAGAUAUCAGAGCAGAAACAAUGAAAUCCAUGAACAAGCCUCUCUGUUUCUUCUUCUUCAUCAUCAUCAAUCUCCUCCUAUCCUAUAGUUGGGCAGCAGACCAUGAAUCCCUAAGCACUCGCACCAGCAUAGUAUUCGCUACAUUCGGUCGAUCAAGCUAUGCCUUCGACAUCUACACUCUCCCAAUACAACAACCCAACUCUACUCAAUUCAACCCCCCCAUCGAAUUCCAGAUCACCGAUGGUCACUCCGUCAACUACAACGGUCACUUUCCCUCUCCAUCAUCGACCUCCACUCUCCUCUCUCUCACCUCAACAACCACCCCAUCAUCACCACCUCCCCUCCUCCUCAUCUACGUCACCGAACGCAACGGAUCAUCGUCCCUAUUCCUCGACGCACUCUAUUACGACGGUCCCGAUAUCACCAGAAAAAGAUCUACCCUCCAAAUCCCAACUAGGGUUCAAGUACCUCUUCUGAUCACCAAUCAACCAUCCAACGGCCUGAUUUCCAUGAAAGAUAAACCCAGUUUGGUGGGUGAUUACUUAAUUUACGUUUCGACUCACGAGGACUCGGGCGUGCCGAGGACGAGUUGGGCUGCUGUCUACUCGACUCAGCUCAAAACCGGGUUGACUCGGAGACUGACGCCUUAUGGGGUGGCUGAUUUUAGCCCCGCCGUGUCGCCGUCGGGGGUUUGGACGGCGGUGGCGUCUUCCGGAGAGAGAGGAUGGAGGGGUGAGGUGGAAGAGCUUGACACUGAUGUUUAUGUGUUCAGGACUGAAGACGGAUCGGACCGAGUCAAGGUGGUGGAUCACGGUGGGUGGCCGAGUUGGGCUGACGAUUCGACUCUGUACUUUCACCGGAGGAGUGAGGAUGGGUGGUGGAGUGUUUACAGAGCGAGUCUUCCUAAAGAUAUGGUGCAAAUUAGUGUUGACUCGGUUGUGACUCAACGAGUCACCCCACCGGGUCUUCACGCCUUCACUCCUGCGGCUUCGGUGGCUAACAAGAAUUUCAUUGCUGUGGCAACGAGACGACCCGAUUCAGAGUUUCGCCACAUAGAACUCUUCGACGUCGUUUCUAAAGAGUUCACUGAGGUUACCCGGCCCGUUUCGCCAAAUUAUCACCAUUUAAACCCGUUUAUCUCACCCGAUUCGACACUAGUCGGAUACCAUAGAUGUAGAGGGAGCGACAAUGGAAGAAAAGGUAACAACUUGUUACUCGAAAACAUUCAAAGCCCAUUACCCGAAAUCUCUCUAUUUCGGAUUGAUGGGUCAUUUCCUUCUUUCUCACCCACGGGUGACCGUAUCGCUUACGUGAAGUUCCCGGGACUCUACGUGGUGAAACGGGAUGGGUCGGGCCUGCGUCAGGUAUUUACCGGAACUGCCUUUGCGACUGCUUGGGAUCCGACAAGGAAGGGAGUGGUGUACACAAGUGUGGGUCCCACAUUUGAGUCAGAGAGCACGAAAGUUGAUGUAAUCUCUAUUAAUGUUGAUGAUGACGAAGAAUCAAGUUACAAAAAACUGACCACGGGUGGUGAAAACAAUGCAUUUCCAUCUCCUUCACCCGAUGGGAAGUGGCUUGUGUUUCGAUCGGGUAGGUCGGGUCACAAGAACUUAUAUAUAAUGGAUGCGCUUGAUGGAGAGAAGGGUGGGCUCUACAGGCUUACAGAGGGCCUAUGGACGGACACGAUGUGCAAUUGGUCCCCUGAUGGUGAUUGGAUCGUUUUUGCAUCGGAUCGGGAAAAGCCCGGUUCAGGGAGUUUUGAAUUAUACAUGGUUCACCCAAAUGGGACUGGGCUGAAGAAGUUGGUCCAUAGCGGGUCUAGUGGGCGGGCCAACCACCCGUGGUUCAGCCCGGAUGGAAAAACUAUUGUGUUUACCACAGACUAUGCUGGGGUGUCGGCUGAACCAAUCUCGAACCCACAUCAGUAUCAACCCUACGGCAGUAUCUUCACCAUCAGCACGGACGGUUCUGGGAUAAGGAGAUUGACUCAUAACUCAUUUGAGGAUGGAACCCCAGCUUGGGGACCCAAAUUCAUGAAGCCCGUUGAUGUAGAGCACCGAACUGAUGGACCACAAUGCUCCUUUGAUGAUUGUCACUGGCUAAGUAAAUUUCCGAACCAUAGUGUAGAGUUUGCACCCUAUGUCUCAAUGAAGGUCCAAUGUGGUCAGUGAAUUGGGAUUUGGCACAAGAGGCUUCUGUUCUAUUUUAUUUGUUUUCGUGUAGUACCACUACACAUCUUCAGAAGUUGGGCAAGUUGGCCGCCUUGUUGUACUGUAAUGUAGUUAGCUAUAUGUUGUAAAUAGGGAGGGAGAGAGAGAGAGUAUUGUCUGUAAAUAUUCAUAUAUAUAAAUAAAUGGAGCCAGAGAGAGUAUUCUGUAAAUAUUCAUAUAAAUAAAUAAAUGGAGCCAAUGUUUAUAGUCACU